GUGUGUAUUAUGGGAUGGCACUGGACUAUUAUGGGAUGUCAGAGCAGCGAGAGGGAGGGUGGGGUGCCAUCUCUAUGGUAACAUGGUUGCUAUGGGGGCAGGGACAGAGUGUGUGUGUGUGUGUGUGUGUGUGUGUGUGUGUAUUAGGCAGGGUGACUAUUAUGGUCUGUAGGUUGCGAGGUGGCUGUGCUGAGUUCAGUGUGUGUGCGUGCAGGAUUAUUAUGGGAUGUCCACCCCCCCCUGGUCUCUCUUUGUGUGUGUGAGUGUGUGUGUGAGGGAUUGGAGAGGAAAAGCAGGGGGUGAACACUGGCCGUCGUGUCUAAACAACAUUACAGCAGUUUAGCAGCUUUUUCUUUCCCCGGAAGUUGAAGAUUAGUUUAAUGAGGGUUUAAUUGAAUUCUGAUCUGAAAUAAAGGCAGCAGAAGCGGGUUACCUGUUCCUCGGGCUGACCUAUGCGCGAGCGUUUGUGCUUCCAGAAUGUCAGGAAGUGAAGAGGAACCCGCAGAGCAUUUCAGCUCCAGGAGGCUGUUAGAAGAUGAUGGAGCAGAGGAACACGCACCUGAGAUGGAACCUCCAAAAUCCAAGAAGAAGAAAAAAGCAAAGAAGAGUAAAGAGAGUAGGAGCAGUAGACGACAGAAAGCCCUCCGAGAGGAGGUGAUGGUGAGCUCUCCUGAAGCUCUGGAGGCUCUGCGGCUGGUGGAGGAGGAAGAGGAGGAGGAGGAGGAAGAGCGGCCCGUGCGAUCCGACAGCGAGGGGAGCGAUUACGCCCCCAGCAAGAAGAAGAAGAAGAAGUCCAGCUCCUCCUCCAAAGACAGGAAGAAAGCAGAGAAGAGCGGCGGAGGGAAAAACAAACGGAAAGUUCCAGACCCGGAGGAAGAAGAUGAGGAAGACGACGAUGAAGACACUGGACAGGGGCCGAAGUCUUCGUCUCAGCUCCUGGCAGAGUGGGGGAUGAAGGACAUCGACCACACCUUCACACAGGAGGACUAUCACACGCUCACCAACUACAAAGCCUUCAGUCAGAUGAUCAGGCCGCUGAUCGCAGCACGGAACCCAAAAAUCGCCGUGUCAAAGAUGAUGAUGGUGCUGGGAGCCAAGUGGCGUGAGUUCAGCACCAAUAACCCCAUCAGGGCAUCUGCAAACGCUGGCCCCGCCCCUCUGACUGUCGACACCGUCACUGCACCUAGAGGGGUGGAGCUAGCAGGACCUGGGACCCCUUCCAUAGCAACGACAACAUCGUCAUCCUCGGUAACGGCAACGACGACAACACAACCAGCGCCUGCUGCACCACCACUACGCAAAGCCAAGACCAAAGAGGGCAAAGGCCCGAAUGCUCGCAGAAAGACGAAGCCCAAACCACAGGAUAAGAAAUCUAAAGCGAAGAAAGUGGCGCCGCUCAAAAUCAAACUGGCUGCAUUCAAGAGGAAAAGAUCAUCAAGUGGUGAGGAUGAUGACGGCGAGAGUGAUUUUGACGGUUUUUCGGUGAGUGACGGGUCGACCCGCAGCAGCCGCACUAAGAGCAAAAAGUUGAAGAACUCCAAGAAGAAGAAGAAAGUGAGUGAGGAAGGAGACGGGUACGAGACGGAUCAUCAGGAUUACUGUGAGGUGUGUCAGCAGGGCGGGGAGAUCAUCUUGUGUGACACGUGUCCCAGAGCCUAUCACAUGGUGUGUCUCGACCCUGACAUGGAGAAAGCCCCUGAGGGCACGUGGAGCUGCCCACACUGUGAGAAGGAGGGGAUCCAGUGGGAGGCGCGAGAGGAGAGCUCAGAAGGUGAGGAGGAGAAUGAUAGAGGGAUGAGGGAUGAUGGAGGGAUGGAGGAGGAGGAGGAGGAGGAGGAUGAUCAUCACAUGGAGUACUGUCGCGUGUGUAAGGAUGGAGGAGAGCUGCUGUGCUGUGAUACCUGUCCAUCAUCUUAUCACCUGCACUGCCUCAACCCCCCCCUACCGGACAUCCCCAAUGGAGAGUGGAUCUGCCCCCGCUGCAGGUGUCCUCCUCUGAAGGGAAAAGUCCAGAAAGUUCUCACAUGGCGCUGGGGUGAAGCCCCGCCUCCAAUUCCAGUGCCCCGCCCACCCGACCUCCCCGCCGACUCCCCUGAUCCACCUCCUCUGAUUGGCCGAAAGGAGAGGGAGUUUUUCGUAAAGUGGUGCAACAUGUCAUACUGGCACUGCUCAUGGGUUCAGGAACUACAGUUGGAGCUGAACUGUCAGGUGAUGUUCCGGAACUUUCAGCGUAAGACGGAUAUGGAGGAGCCCCCGAGUGUGGAUCAGGCUGAGUGUGAUGAUAAUAAGAGCAUGAGGAGGAAGAGUAAAGACCCGCUGUACGCUCGCAUGGACGACCAGUUCGGCCGCUACGGAGUCAAAAUGGAGUGGCUUCUGAUCCAGCGCAUCCUCAACCACAGUGUGGAUAAGAAGAGUAAUGUUCAUUACCUGAUUAAAUGGAGAGAUCUGCCGUAUGAUCAGUCAUCAUGGGAAAGUGAGGACAUGGAAAUCCCUGAUUAUGACACGUAUAAACAGCAUUACUGGAACCACAGAGAGAUGAUGAUUGGUGAUGAAAACCGACCAGUUAAGAAGCUGAAGAAGGUGAAAGUGCGAAAGAUAGAAAAGCCUCCUGUAAACCCUGUGGUGGAUCCGACGGUGAAGUUUGACAGACAGCCGGAGUACCUGGAUGUGACCGGGGGGACGUUACACCCCUAUCAGCUGGAGGGACUGAACUGGCUGCGGUUCUCCUGGUCUCAGGGCACAGACACCAUCCUCGCUGAUGAGAUGGGCCUCGGCAAAACCGUACAGACCGCCGUGUUCCUCUACUCGCUCUUCAAAGAGGGUCACUCUAAAGGCCCGUUCCUGGUGAGCGCUCCUCUCUCCACCAUCAUUAACUGGGAGCGGGAGUUUGAGAUGUGGGCUCCGGACAUGUACGUGGUCACGUAUGUGGGAGAUAAAGACAGCCGAGCCGUGAUCCGCGAGAACGAGUUCAGCUUCGAGAAUCACGCCAUCCGGGGAGGAAAGAAAGCGUCCAGGAUGAAGAAGGAGGCAGCAGUGAAGUUCCACGUGUUGUUGACGUCGUAUGAGUUGAUCACGAUUGAUCAGGCCGUGUUGGGGUCUAUAGACUGGGCGUGUCUCGUAGUGGAUGAAGCCCACCGCCUAAAAAACAACCAGUCCAAGUUUUUCCGGGUGUUGAAUAAUUAUCCUUUGCAGCAUAAGCUGCUGUUAACGGGAACUCCACUACAGAACAACCUGGAGGAACUGUUCCACCUGCUCAACUUCCUCACUCCUGAGAGGUUCAAUAAUCUGGAAGGAUUUCUGGAGGAGUUUGCGGAUAUAGCUAAGGAAGAUCAGAUUAAGAAGCUGCACGAUAUGUUGGGACCUCACAUGCUGCGGCGUCUCAAAGCCGACGUCUUCAAACACAUGCCCUCUAAAACUGAGCUCAUUGUCCGAGUCGAGCUCAGCACCAUGCAGAAGAAGUACUAUAAGUACAUCCUCACACGUAACUUUGAGGCUCUGAACACGCGCGGUGGUGGGAAUCAGGUGUCUCUCCUGAACGUGGUGAUGGAUCUGAAGAAGUGCUGUAACCACCCCUAUCUGUUCCCCACCGCCGCUAUUGAAGCCCCUAAAAUGCCCAAUGGGAUGUAUGAAGGUGGGGCUCUCACAAAGUCUUCUGGGAAACUGAUGCUGCUGUGUAAGAUGCUGAGGAAGCUGAAGGAGGGGGGGCACAGAGUGCUCAUCUUCUCACAGAUGACGAAGAUGUUGGACCUGCUAGAGGAUUUCCUGGAGAAUGAGGGAUAUAAAUAUGAGCGGAUUGAUGGAGGAGUGACGGGGGUGAUGAGACAGGAGGCCAUCGACAGGUUCAACGCUCCUGGAGCUCCUCAGUUUGUGUUUCUGCUCUCCACACGCGCGGGGGGUUUAGGCAUCAACCUGGCAACCGCAGACACCGUCAUCAUCUACGACUCGGACUGGAACCCACACAAUGACAUUCAGGCAUUCAGCAGGGCUCACCGUAUCGGUCAGAACAGGAAGGUGAUGAUCUAUCGGUUUGUCACCAAGGCAUCUGUGGAGGAGAGGAUCACUCAGGUGGCGAAGAAGAAGAUGAUGCUGACUCACUUAGUGGUUCGACCCGGUUUGGGCUCGAAGGCGGGCUCCAUGUCCAAACAGGAACUGGACGACAUUUUGAAGUUUGGCACUGAGCAGCUGUUUAAAGACGACGCUGGAGAAGGUGAUAAUAAGGAGGAGGACAGCAGCGUGAUUCACUACGAUGAUAAAGCCAUUUCUAAACUGCUGGACCGGAACCAGGACGCCACUGAUGACACGGAGCUGCAGAACAUGAACGAAUAUCUGAGCUCGUUUAAAGUGGCCCAGUACGUGGUUAAAGACGAGGAAGACGAGGAGGAGGUGGACAGGGAGAUCAUUAAGCAGGAGGAGAGUGUGGAUCCGGAUUACUGGGAGAAGUUACUGCGUCAUCAUUAUGAGCAGCAGCAGGAGGUGUUGGCCAGUCACCUGGGGAAAGGCAAGAGACCUCGCAAACCUGUCAACUACAACGACUGUUCACAGGAGGAACGAGAUUGGCAUGACGACCAGUCUGACAACCAAUCAGAUUACUCCGUGGCCUCGGAGGAGGGAGAUGAGGACUUUGACGAGCGCUCUGAAGUGAACAACCGCAGGCCGAGUCGUAAAGGACUGAGGAAUGAUAAAGAGAAGCCGCUGCCCCCCCUGCUGGCCAGAGUGGGCGGAAACAUUGAGGUGCUGGGUUUUAACUCCCGUCAGAGGAAGGCCUUCCUGAAUGCAGUGAUGCGGUAUGGGAUGCCUCCACAGGAUGCCUUCACCACACAGUGGCUCGUCCGAGACCUGAGGGGCAAAUCUGAGAAAGAGUUCAAGGCAUAUGUCUCUCUGUUCAUGCGUCACCUGUGUGAACCGGGUGCUGACGGAGCAGAGACCUUCGCUGAUGGAGUUCCUCGAGAAGGGUUGUCACGGCAACACGUCCUUACACGCAUUGGUGUGAUGUCACUGAUCCGGAAAAAGGUUCAGGAGUUUGAACAUGUGAACGGUCAGUGGUCGAUGCCAUGGAUGAAGGAGUUAGAGGAGAAUAAAAGAGCAGCUGCUGUUGCCAUGGGAGACGACCCCAAAACACCGUCUACUGGAACACCUGGAGACACACAACCCAACACACCUGCAGCAGAGGAGCUGUCCAGAGGGGAGGAGUCAGAACGAGAGAUGGAGGACAGGAUGGAAGGAGAAGGAGAGAAAGACACGAGGAGCACCCGCAUACAGGACGACGAGGUGAUUGAGAUUCCUGAUGAUGGAGAGACCCCCCCGAGUCCGGAGAAGACAGGAGCAGGACAGGAGAUGGAGGGAGACAGCACAUCAUCCUCACUGGAGAAGGAUGGAGGGAUGAAGGAUACAGGAGGAGAAAGAGAGAAAGAGAUGGAAGGUGAAAAAGAGGAGAGCUCUACCUGUUCUCCAAAAAAUGAAGAGGUCAAAGGGGAAAGGUCAGAGGUCACCAGCACCUUAGAUUCUUCUCAACCCAAAGAAGAGUGCCGUGAGGAGAAGAGUGAGAAAUCGGACAGCAACCUAACAGGAGAGGAGAAGAGAGACGUGAAGGAGGAAAAGGAUGGUGCGAGAGCGGAGGAGUCUCGGAUGAACGGAGAGGACGGAGGAGUGGACAGUGAGGAGAAGAAGAAACACGUUAAACAGAGAUUCAUGUUCAACAUCGCUGAUGGUGGAUUCACAGAGCUCCACUCUCUGUGGCAGAACGAGGAGAGAGCCGCCACCGUCACUAAGAAGAUGUAUGACAUUUGGCAUCGUCGCCAUGACUACUGGCUCCUGGCUGGCAUCAUACAACACGGCUACGCCCGCUGGCAGGACGUUCAGAAUGACCCGCGCUUCUCCAUCCUCAACCAGCCCUUUAAAGGGGAGAUGAGCCGAGGGAACUUCCUGGAGAUCAAGAACAAGUUCCUCGCUCGCAGGUUCAAGUUGUUGGAGCAGGCAUUGGUGAUAGAGGAGCAGUUGCGCAGAGCUGCGUAUCUGAACAUGAGCGAGGACCCGUCUCACCCCUCCAUGGCCCUGAACACACGCUUCAGUGAGGUGGAGUGUUUAGCCGAGUCUCAUCAACACCUGAGCAAAGAGAGCAUGAUGGGAAAUAAACCUGCUAACGCUGUACUGCACAAAGUACUUAAACAGUUGGAGGAGUUGCUUAGCGACAUGAAGGCUGAUGUCACUCGUCUCCCAGCGACCAUCGCCCGGAUACCGCCGGUUGCCGUGCGCCUGCAGAUGUCGGAGCGCAGUAUCCUGAGCCGUCUGGCCAGUCGGGGGGCAGAGGUCACCCAAACUCAGGCACCCCGCUGAUGACCCCCCCCCCCUCCCCCCCCCCCAGUAACUGUUUGACCCCUGAGUGACCUUCCCUACUUUAGGCGGUGUCCUAAUCCAGAUUCGCUUCACUAGCUCACACCCUUUGUGCUGGACCAGGUGACACAGCUACCGCGCUGCAUUCACAUUAGCAAGUGACAAUGUGACCUUUGACCCUUUCCCUAAAUUAGGCUGUGUCCUAAUUUGAGCAAGAUAAAAGGAGACACAAGUUAAUGCUAAAGAUUAAUCCCACAAACAAACCACACUCAUGAAUAUUCAGUUUUAUGUAAAUGAGCUCCAGAUGACUGGUGUUACGUCUCUUUACUUCCUCCGUACGAGCGAAACUACAGAAACUACAGAAUUCUACAGAUUUGAAUUAUAGAUGAAAGAUUCGUUAGGAAGCCGUGGUUAUGGGUUAAGGUUAUGAGUUCAGAUCCCAGCACGGCUUUACACACAGGCAGUGUCCCGAAUCGCACCGCACCCAUACCCAAUAACGCAUCAAAAUAGCAUUGUUAGCUAACCAGCUUAGCGUUCCCCACUUCGUGGUGGCUUUUGGCUGUGUCCCAAAUCACCCCUGGAUAGGACUGUGCAGUUCUGACCCAUUAACGCACUGGCACGGUGGAUCGGGAUGCCGCCCUCGGACUGGAACACGUCACGGUACAGCCACGGGCUGCGUCCCAAAUCUCAGAAUACUACUAUACUAAAUAGAGUAGCACCGGCGAUACCAGAGUGUAGAUUGUUAGCUAGCUAAGUGUGUAGGGUUCAAAUGGCUGUGUCACAAAUCGUGUACAAAUGCACUAAAUAGCAGGCCAAAACUGUUCUCCACUAGACCUGAAGCUGGCUGUGUCACAAAUCCCAUACUAGUGCACUGUUUAGAGACACUAUUUAGUGCUGUUUGGGAUGCAGCCCAGAAGGGGGGGAGGUGUCGGUUGUUUGGGAUGCAGUUGUCAUGGUAACAGGCAAAUCAUUUUCCUUGUAACCGCUACAUCUUUAGCUAGCUACCUAACACUGCUCAGGUAGUGUACUAUUAUUUCCACACUAGUUAGUGCACUGGGAAUCAGAGCGUAGAGACUGGAACACACACACACACACACACAGAUGAUGAUGAUGAUGUUAUUAUUGUUGUUGUUAUUGUUGUCUGCUGUUUAUUCCACACAUUAAUUUUUUCCCCUGGUCACUGAAUGAUGAUGUCGCUCAGAAAGCUCCGCCCCUUUUGAUGAGCUCACUUUGUAAUUACUGUGUUACGCCCUUAUUGUUUAUACACAUUAAUAUUGUUGUUUUUUGGGAUUUUAUUUGUUUUUUGAGACCUGCAAUAAAAAUCAUUAACAAGAACAAGGUCUUUUUUAUAUAUACAUUUUGUGUAUGUAUGUGUGUGUGUGUG